GACAAACUUGCCGACCACUUCAGUUGCUUAUGUGCGAUGCUUGCUGCAGCAACUAACUAGCUCAAUUAGUUAUUGUAAACCUGAAAUAAUUUUCGCAUUAGAAUCAUCAGAGUAGUAAAAAAGAACUGGAAUUAUUCUUUCAUUUAUAACUUUUUUGUUGCCUCCAAUUCUAAGUUCAACUAUUGUAUUGUUUAUUAUUCAAAAAAUAACGGAGUUGCUACAACGUAUGAUUUUAUCUUCUAAUUGGCAUAUUAAGUUUACUUGAUCUCUUAAUUAGACUUUGUUUGCAUAAAGCGUGAAAUUAUUGUUUUACGUCUUAAAGAAGGAUUAAGUUUCACUCAGAGAGACAGUUAAAAGAACAGCAAUCAAGGAACACGUGUGCUGCAAGUAAGCGCAACGCCAAGACCUAGAAUAGAACAAGUGCUGAUGCAGAGAUUCGGUCCGUGGGACCGAACAAUUCCAGUUGUUCGAAUUAACUAUUCUUCUACACAAAUCAACUGAUUCACUGAUCAGAUAAACAAGUCAGAAGAUAGAAGAAUAUUCAGAGUAUAGCAUCGACCGGUGCUAUGAAGAAUAUUUCGACUAAUGGAUAUGCUGAAGUGAAUGGAAACAAUGUUGUUAAAGAAAAAGAAGAGAAGGUCGAAUAUGAAGAGGUGGAUGCGAUAUCGGAAGCAAUGGGAGCUAUGGGAAGAUGGCAAGUUUUAGUAUGCAUCGCUAUCUCUCUAGUAAAAUUUCCUGUAGCCUGGCACCAGCUUGCUAUUGUCUUUAUGGCACCCCAGAAGCAAGAAUUUAAUUGUACCAGUCCUGCAAGAUCUGAUAAUAAAGAUCAAUGUCUUGUCAGUAUUAAUGGGACUCAACUGGAGUGUGAAGAUUGGGAUUUUGACAAAAGUAUUUUUCCCGAAACUAUAAUCUCACAGUGGGGUUUGGUUUGCAAUCGAUCUCAUUACGCCAAUGUUCUACAGUCAAUUCUGAUGUUCGGUAUUUUACUUGGUAAUAUCACAUUCGGAAGUUUAGCCGAUAGGUAUGGAAGGAAGAUUCCACUGAUGAUCUCUGUAAUUUUGCAAUUAGCAUCAGGAAUAGGAUGUGCAAUUGUUCCUUGGUUUCCAGCAUUAUUGCUUCUUAAGUUAUUGAGUGCUAUGGCCACAGGUGGUACAAUGGUGACUAGUUACGUAAUUUGUAUGGAAAUCGUUGGAAUUAAAUGGAGAGCAGCAAUCACAGUUCUUUAUCAAAUUCCUUUUAGUCUAGGGCACAUGUCUCUAGCAGGAAUAGCAUACUUAUUCCGUCACUGGCAGCAUCUUCAAUUAGCUAUUAGCUUACCAUCGAUUAUUCUUCUUAGUUAUUGGUGGAUUGUACCAGAAUCUCCACGAUGGCUUUUAGCUGUUGACAAACAACAGGCUGCUUGUAAAAUACUCAAGAAAGCAGCGAAAAUGAACAAAGUAGAAGAAAAAGAUAUUCCUGAACUAGUUAGGAAGCAUUAUUUGCAUCAGCAUUCAAGAAAAUCAGCCUCUGAUCACUCAGCAUCGAUUUUAGACCUUUUACGAACUCCAAACAUGAGGAUAAAGUCACUAUCGAUUUUUUUUAACUGGAUAGUUUGCGGAAUGGGCUUAUUUGGCAUGACCCAAUAUAUAGGGCAAGUUGGAGGAGAUAUUUUCCUUAAUUUUGCAGUCUCUGGAGUCACUCAAAUCCCUGGAAAUUUUGUUGCCUGGUGGGCAAUGAAUAGACUGGGCCGAAAAAUUACUCUUAUUGUUAGUCAUAUCACUGCCGGACUUGCUGCACUACUAUUGAUUGUUACUCCACUGAACAUAGCAUGGCUCAGACUUAUUUUCGCCUGCUUUGGAAUUGUGGGAAUGUCUGUAUCAUUUACCACUGUCUACCUUUUUUCUGGCGAGCUUUUUCCCACUGUAGUCAGGAAUAUUGGUGUUGGCACCAGUAGCAUGUGCGCAAGAAUAGGUUCAAUGGUGGCACCGUUUGUUGUCUCUUUGAGUUUAAUAAGAGAUUGGCUUCCACCUUUACUAUUUGGUAUAUUACCACUUAUUGGUGCAAGUUUAGUUGUCUUGUUACCAGAAACUAACGACUGUAAACUACCAGAAACACUUCAGGAUGGUGAAGACUUUGGAAAAAAAAUUAAAAAGAAUCAACAGACAAAAGAUGUUGAAGCAGAAGACGUACUUUAAUUCAGAUGUUCCAUUUCGGAUUUUAUAUAAGAAGCUGCAAGAUGCUGUAGUUAGUGAUAUUUUAAUUAUUCCAUAUAUUUAUUUAUUACAUCAAAUACGAUGGACAUUCAUAGGUAAAAAUUCGUGAGCAUUUUAUACUGAAUUCACUCAAAUACGUGAAAAUUUUAAAACAAUCGAAAGUUCAAAAUAAGAUUAUAAAAUAAAAGUAAUGUUAAUUGUAUUUUUUAUAUGAAAUCAAAUUACGAACGUGUAUAUUUUUGUAUAUUAUA